UUCGACUCCAGUGUAAUGCUGGCUUUCGGACAACAGUGGCGUGUCUGUGCGCAUAAUCCAAAUAAAAAUAAAAACUCGAUUAAGUAUUUUUAUGAAAGAAAAAUGCAAUUACCAAGUUAUUAAUUUUAAUCGUUUAGGAGUGAUCGUACGACUAGAGCGAACUGCUCUUUUGAACUGCGCUUAACAGGAACGUAUGUAGGAAACACAAAAAUGACGGCACUUAACGCAGUCAACGUCGUGCUUGGGUGCAUUAUGGCACUCCUCAUCAUAUUGUUUACCAUCAGCUCUAUUGCCAGAUAUUAUAUCAAGUUUACAUUAUUUAUUGUUUUAUCGUUGAUAUUCGCUUCGGCACCGCUACCUUUAAUGUUGCUUAAGCGGUUUGACCCGAGGAAUGCAUUAAUACCAGCGGCACUUUUGCGGCUCACAGCGAGGUCCCUCGGCAUUCGGUGGACUGUUCGAGGGCUGGAGAACGUGGACAACUCGCGAGGAGCCGUCAUUCUUCUCAACCAUCAAAGUGGACUUGAUCUCUAUGUGCUGGCAGUGCUAUGGCCGUUGAUGGCAAGGUGCACAGUGGUGGCCAAGCGCUCGCUGCAGUACUUGGUGCCUUUUGGAACAGCUGCCUGGAUGUGGGGCACAGUGUUCAUAGACCGGGGCGCGAAGUCCGCGAGAGACGCCCUCAACAAGCAAGCGGAGGCGAUACAGACGCACAAGCGCAAACUGCUGCUAUUCCCUGAAGGCACCCGGCACUGCGGAGAUCGGUUGCUCCCAUUCAGGAAAGGCGCAUUCCACGUGGCGCUUGCUGCGAACGCGCCCAUCCAGCCCGUCGUGGUCUCCAAGUACCACUUCUUGGACUCGAAGAGACGCCGUUUUGGUUCAGGCGAAAUCAUAAUAACGAUAAUGCCGUUGAUCGAGACUGAGGGUGUGGACAAGGACGACAUCAGCGCACUGGUGGACAAGACGCAGAUGGACAUGCAAGAGAUGUUCUCCAAUACCUCCGCUGAGACGCUCGCGCGCCGCACCAAAUUCGCUGAGGCUGAAUGAGGUAAAUCUAAACCGAAUCCGUAAAGAGCUGUGAUAGUCAUACAUAGAAAAGUUUAUUGUUGGUGGUCAAAUACUUUAUUAUUGUACAAGUUUUGUAAAUAUUAUACAAAAAUGAAAUUGUAUUAAAAAUACACAAAAGGUUGUUUUUCUUAAAUAAAAAACAUUAACCCUGUGUGUUGUUUUUUUAUUAAAAGACUGCACAUAUGAAAAUAUGGAAAAAUAGUUCACAUUUCAUUGUUCUUGUCUCAAAUAACAUACACAAGUAAAAAAUUUAGGACUAAAAAUCACAUAAGAUACAUUUUUGGUGAUUAAAUACAGGGGGUUCAUUAAAAAUACUAUGACGUGUUUUAAUAAUUAUCAAAAAUUACAGGUAUUUUAAAACGGAUUUUUCAUUUGAGAUCACGAAAUGUAAAUGUAUGUCUUUGUUAAAAUAUUCCUUUGUCUGUGUAUGUAUGCAGUGUGUAUUACCAUUUUAAUUUUCAUCAAGGUUUUGAAUGCUUGUUAAGAAGUUAAGUUCCUAAUUUAUGCAAUGUACUGUAGUAUUACUGUAUUUUCCAGAUUAACUAUUCGAUUAAAGGGAGUGUGGUGAAUUAAGUACGACGUUGUGUAAAAAUUACCUAUAAGUAUUAGGCUGAGUAACAUUUUUUUAGUCGUGAUCUCGAAUAAAAAUCCUACUGUCUACGAGCGAUUUAAAAACAAUGCAAAUACAAACGUGUAGGUUUUUGUGCAUUAGUUAUAUUUUACGAUGAAGCACUCAGGUUUUCGUUACUGUUUAGGUAAUGUAAGUUCAUAUUACUGUAAGGGCAGUAUAAAAAUAAAAGCUACCUUAUUUCAAGCCCUAUUUAUUACUUUUCUUGAGUUUGGCGUAUGUUGCGAUGCAGAAAAGACAUUGCGAUUGUUUUCGGUAUGUUCAUGAAACAUUACAUUUUUCUACGAUAAUUUAUUCCUCUUAUUAUACUAUCUCAAAGUCUGCCAUUAAAAUAAUGCUUUUCUGUUAUAAUCGUCAUUGAUAAUUAAAUUUCAUCCACAUCGCAGCUUACGCUUAGC